CCCGAACGAGAGAAGAGGGGGAAAAAACCCAUAAAUAAUACCAUGGUGAGAUCGGCCCGUUUUCAGGAUCGACCCAUGGAUGCACGCUCUCAGGAACUGAUCGCGAUUGGAUUCGGAAACAACGAUGAAACCCACGCCAGAAAUCCACUUUUGAUUUCUUUCAAGCGCUAAAGCGAGAGAGGCUUGAUGGGGGCCAAACGGAGACGUUUUCUUUUUCAUUUUUAAAGAGGGACGCAAGAUGGCAGAUGACAGACUCCAGUAGCGUGAACCGUUUCGCUUUUACACGAAGGGCUGUCUGUUUAUUUGUGGACGUGAAUCGGAACAACACUUCAUUUUCUCGUCCGAAGAGAUUAAAGUGAAUGCACUUGGCAGUCCAGUUUUCUCUAGACUUGGUUACAUACCAGUGUAUGUUCACUCUGUGUUCCUUUGUUAUAAUGAGGGGGGAAGUCUAGUAUGCGCGCAGUAUUCACAUAUGUGUAAGAAUUACCCGACUGCUUUGGUUAUUAUCGUUAUUUUCUAUGAAAUGUGAAUAUAAAAGCACGCUGCGUGGAUGUGAGAUACGUUUUAUUUUAACGUAAAGUGUAACGCUCGUCUGUAUGGAGACCUAGCAGGACAUUUAUAAUCCUCUUUGGGAGUAAAAUCCAUGUCUGUGUGAUGCUAUGUCGUAAAACACAACAGACGCCUUGACGUGAGAAUUAUCGUUUACUUUCUAAAGCUUUUAUUAGUCUCUCGCUCGAGGCUGUUGUCGAAAAACGGCCCUAGCCAACGACGAGCUGUCAAGCUGGUCGUCAGCAGACUGGAUUAUUCAUAGAUAACUAGUGGGAGGGCCACACAUGUAGAAUAUGAAACGGUGUGUUGGCAUUUAAAGUCACAAGACCGAAAAAAGUCCACUUUAGCUCUGUGGCAAUUCUCGCAACGCCUACAGUUGACACGAACGAAUGAAGAAGUGGGUGGUGUAAUGAUGUUGCCUUGAGCUAAAGUGUGCUAAAAGUACUCUCUCCUGGAGUGUUCAUACUCUCGCUGGCACCAAGUUGAGGUUUGUGGGAGAAAGCAGGGCCCUUGUGGUUCCCACUCCACCCAUUUCAGGUAUCAGCGCUUGUUUAUGCUGUUUUAAAGAUGGCAGAGAACUGGAAGAACUGUCUGGAGGAAGAGCUCAUAUGCCCAAUUUGUCUGAAUGUGUUUUCCGAGCCAGUUCAGCUCCCUUGCAAACACAACUUCUGUCGUAUGUGCAUCAAUGAGGCCUGGUCUAAAGAUGCUGGAAUGGUUCGCUGUCCCGAAUGCAACAACGCCUACACUCAAAAGCCAGCUUUGGAGAAGAACCACAAGCUGUCCAACAUUGUGGAGAAGUUCAACGCAUUAAAUGUGGAGAAGACACCAGCGGUGUUGCAUUGCAUUCUGUGCCGACGUGGACCCCCCCUUCAAGCCCAGAAGGUUUGCCUCAGGUGUAAUGCACCCUGCUGUCAUUCCCAUGUACAGACCCAUCUCCAACAACCCUCUUCCAAUGCUGGACACCUACUGGUGGACGCCGAAGAUGUUCGGGCCUGGAGCUGUCCACAGCAUGACGAGUACAGACUGUAUCAUUGUGAAACCGAGCAUGUGGCUGUCUGCCAGUACUGCUGCUUCUCCAGAUGUGCUACCAACCACGGCCACGCGGUGUGCGAUAUCGAAGUCAGGCGUAACGAUAUCAGACAAAUGCUGAUUAAACAGCAGGAUCGGAUCGAGGACCGGGUUCAGGACAUAGAGGAGCAACUCUACAAACUAGAAUCUGACAAAUGUCUCAUGGAAGACAAAGUGCAGCACCUGAAGGAGGAGGUGCAGCUGCAGUAUCAGAAGAUGCAGCAGCUCUUGGAGGAGGAUUUGGGGAAGACCCUGGAGGUCCUGGAUAAAGCCCACUCGAAAUUCUGCCAGGAGAACUCUGCGCAGGCCCUGCAGCUUCACCAGAAACAGCAAGAGGCAAAGAAACUGCUCAGCUCCAUCCAGAUGGUUUUCGAUAAGGCAGAGGACAUCGGUUUUAUGAAGAACACAAAAUCUGUGAAAAUACUAAUGGACAGGUCUCAGUCGUACGUGGGCAGCACACUGUCACCAUACAAAGUGGGCAGCCUCAACUCCAAACUAUUUCUGUCUGAAAUCUCGAAACGAGAGAAGAAUCUCUGCAAGAUGCUGGAAGCCCCCUUCAGCGCUCCUGCUAACUUUUUCCAGAGUAUUCCGGCAUACCUAUGCGAGAAGCGCAGGCACUCGAUGGCAUUCCCCGAAGGCAGCGGGAGCAGCCGAGCAGGCGCGAGCUACAUGGACUCUUCCUCCUCGUCAGGUCCUGCGUCCGCCAAGCAGCCGUGCUUGAGUCUUACUCAGGGCUCUGCCCCAGGCGAAGGUCAGUCCUCCCAGCAAGCUCUAGGGCCGUGCGGCUCCGGCCAACAUGUCGGAAGCAGCAGCUCAGCCUCCGGCUCUCAACCUUUACCACACUCCACCUCGGUGUUCCCACACUCCCAUUACCCAAAUGGCAGCAGCUCCCAGCUGCCUCAGUAUGGAGCGCGCAAGAUCCUGAUGUGCACGGUGGAUAACUGUUACUGCUCAGGGGUGCCCUCCGUGUCUAACCACCGCAGUCACCCGCCCUACCCACGCUCCAGCUCCUUCCCCUGGCCGGUGAGCUCGCAGGAGUACUCGCAUGCCCCUCUGCCUUCCGCCCCGGCCAUGUCCCAGUCUCUCCAGAGCUUGUCCAUGCGCGACUGGAUUGACGCAUCUCAGUCGCACAGGCACACUGACUUCUAUAGCCUCUACGGCCAGUCUUCCACCAAGCAUUACGUCACCAGUUAACCCCUGCUCCAGUGACUGCUGCCAGUCACCAGAUGGGGCGUCUUUUUGUUUUCCGCCGAGAGAUGCAUGUGGGGCAUUUUCUUUUGUACGCAGAUCUAAUCAAUCAUCUUGGAUGAAGUCCGAGAAAGUUCAUAUCACAAAGUCAAGCAUAGCUUUGCACAUUAUUUAGGCACUAAUGGUGUUGUGAUUCUGUACCAUGAACGCAAGUUGCUCUCCUCAAAAUAGCACUCACCGAGACGCUCGUUGGUUGAAUCAUCAAUAAUGUUGCACUUUCUUUUGUAAGAUCCAAAUUUUGGCAAUUACCGUUGACGUCCGCAGUAAAACUAUCAAGUCAGCUCUUAACUAAAGGAGAGAAUUGUAGCCCACAAAGGUUUAUCAUUAACAUCACAUGGCUGUUGUUUGUUAGCAAAAACUUUGUAUAUUUUUCCCAGCCUUCCACGUUUCAUGUCCUCACAAAGAGCACAAGCACGUUUUGAACUGACCCGGAAACUGGAGCAGCACAGCAUUGUCAUUGGCGCCAAUGUUGAUUUGGCUUGACCUUCCCUUACCGAAUGCAGCUUAUAAUGGAAAUGCCCUUCAACCCGAGUUCACAGUCCUCUGAGCCUUCAGUCUGCUCUCAUCCAGAUGCCGCUGUCUUUCUCUCUCACGCCCUUCAAAGCCACAGAAAUGCUCCCCUACACAUCCUGUAUGUUAAACGCAGGAUGCGUUGGUUUGGCAUUCUUUCGUUUAGCCGUGGCCUCUCAUUAUAUCUGACUCAACGGUGGCUUUAGCGCAAACGUGUCAGCUGGAGACGAGAUGGCCUGUGUUCGGGAGGGUCAUGGUGCACUUGAUGCCUCUGCAUUUACUGUCAAUGCUGUAAUUGUUCUUCCUUGUGUUUCGCGCCGUUUCCGGCUCCAAGCAACGGAGCCUCAGGCUUCCUGUUUGUUACUGAGUGCAUGUGGAAAAGAGUUUAUGAGCACUCGUAGACAAAAAAAAAAAAGAAAGAAUAAAACUGCAAGCAGUUAUAAAAUGACUUUUGAAACAGGGAAUGAAGUUUUUUUGCUUAAUUUUUAUUUUUUAUUUUACGUACUACUUAAAAAAAAAACAUUGACCAAUGAACAUUAUGAAACUAACUGAAUACUUGGGAUAAAAUGGAGGGAUUUUCUGUUGUAAAUAUUUUGUGAAAUGAAAAAGAAAGACUUGUAAUUUGGAAAGAACCUUGUUCAAAUAAAUGCUAAUUUCAAGUUUAA